GGUAGAAUGGUGCUAUAUUAUGGCUGCAGUUUGCUGCUGCUUACAUUUCUUGCUCUGCCGGGUCUAUUGCUCGGGGGCGUGGUAUUCCAUUGUCCGAGCUGUGCUGCGGAGCGCCAAGCUGCAUGUCCUAUGCUUGCUACAACCUGCACUGAGAUAGUCAGGGAGCCCGGCUGUGGCUGCUGCCCAGUGUGUUCCCGGUUAGAAGGCGAAUUCUGCGGCAUCUACACACCGCGGUGUUCCACAGGGCUGCAUUGUUAUCCCACUGCAGAUUCAGAAUUGCCCUUGGAGCAGCUGGUUCAGGGGUCAGGACGAUGCUCACACAAAGUAGACCCGGUACCCAACCUCACUCAAGAGCAUCAGGACAAGAGUGGAUCUAUAGAGGAGCUGCAGGGCACUGAGGGCCCCCCUCAGAAGAAGCCGACCAAAGACGCCAGCCCUUGGAUGUGGUCCAAACAGAAGGCUUUGAGGCAGGCCCAGAACGAGCUCAAGACCAAGAUGAAGGCCAACAACCGCCCUGAGGAACCUAGGACCCAGCGGGCCACUCAGAGCCUUUGUCAACAGGAGAUGGCCAAGGUGCUGGAAGAGAUCUCCAAGAUGACCUUCCAUGACAACAGGGAACCGCUGGAGGAUCUGUACGAGCUCAACUUCCCCAAUUGUGACAGAAGGGGCCAAUACAAUCUCAAACAGUGCCACAUGUCCACCCACGGUCAGCGAGGCGAGUGCUGGUGCGUUAACCCCUUCACGGGUGUCCAGAUCACCCAGUCCACGAAGGUGCGGGGGGACCCCAAAUGCAGCCAGUAUGUGGAGGAGCAGGAGAUGGCGACUGGGACACUGCCCACUGUUGUCCUCCAUAUGGCAGAGACAUAGCAGAGCUUCACCCACAUCCAGAUAUCCCCGACGGUGGAAAGGUCCAACUUGACUGACAGCUGAUAUUGUUGUCAUGUGCAUGGGUUUCUUUCCUAUGCAGCCUACACGUUUUUGUUUAGGUGUGUGUAUAGGGGGGGUGUUGUCUUUAUAUGUUUAUGUGUGUGUAUAGGGGGGUGGGCUGUUGUCUUUAUAUGUUUAUGUGUGCGUGAGAGGGACAGAUAACGAGUACUUCUCUUGUCUUAGGACAGGUCUCCCGUGUGAAAAAGAUUUGCGCAAAUCAAGAUGUUCGAUAAAAGGGGUGUGAGAGCAAGGCAAGGAUAUUAUCCAUGCUACAAUCCAAAGCAGGUUUCAUGAAUAUGUAUUUACUGUGUGGGCAUACGCACUGUGCGCGCGUGUGUACCUGCCUGCUUGAUUGCUCGUGUGCGUGCGUGUGUCUGCAUAUGUGUGUGUGUGUGUGUUUGACUGGCUGUGUCCCCUGCUAUUCAUAGGGCUAGGUGCUGCGAGUAGCUUGGAUGCCGGAGCUAACACUAUGCUAAUCACGGGGCUGUCACUGCAUCUGGUUCAAUUGGUGUAUCAGGCGGCAUAUAACCUCCCAUUUAUGCAGCUGCUUGCCUUCCAUGCCACGUUCCAUAUCUAUUUAUUCAACCUUUCUCUCAUCACACUAGUCAAUAUGUGUGGUGGACUAACAAAGCCUCACAUUAAGCCCUUGACAUAUAGAAGAUCCGUACCAAACUAACGAACCAUGGGUGACACUUCAUUUUGGUGUCUACAUCUGUUGUUAGUGCAUCAUUCCAAUGAUGAUGAUGUACUUACACGCUAAUGCUAGUUUGAAUGGUUGGAAACACUUUACCUUAAUAACCUAUACCGCCACACUCUAUUACCAACGCUAUUACACAGCAGUUCCUAUGUAACUACAAUGUUGUUACUACAGUUACUACUGUGUAGUUACAUAGGUAGGCUACAGAAGCAACUUAAGGUACUCUGCUACCAAAUUGUUACGUGUUAAUCGAAGUGUUCCGAGAUUUCUGCAGGGUAACUGUAAUGUUAAUGAUUUGUCUUCUUCAAUACACAUUCUUCUGUCCUCUCCUCGUUCUGAUAAACAGUCUCAUGUUUUUGUUAUUAAUAUAGCUCUGAUAUUCAGAGAAAUAGCCUGUGCAUGGAUGGAUCCUGUUGGUCCCUCACAUCAACAAGGUUAAGUCAUUUAUGUUCAGAUAACUUUCAUCUUUUGAGUAUUCCUUGAUUAGUUCAUCAAAUGUAGGUACAUCUCUUGUUGAAUAAAAUGUCUGAAUAAAAUGUA